AUGGCGACUGGGUGCUGUGGUGUGAAACGGCAAAAAGUAUCCGCUCCUUCUGAACGAAAUGACCGCUCAGAACGCUGCGAAAAGGGCGAGCGUUGCUCCCAUUCCAGCCACGAACACCGGCCAAGCACAAGCUCAGGUUCUAAUGAUUUACAACGGACUUUACAGCCGAAAAUGAACGGUUAUAGCGACCGGGAACGGGGCCCACACCCCGCCUCGGCCGGUCACAGCGCUGGCCACCACAACAACCACCGAAUAGUGUGUGCAGAAAUGUGUUUUUUCUGUUUUGAUGUUUUAUAUCGUCACUUUCAUAUGAUGAACGGAGAGCCGCCAAGAGUGCCCAAAUUUACUGAUGCUGCGUUUCCACUGUUUGUAACUUGGAAGAUAGGCAAAGACAAGCGUCUACGCGGGUGUAUAGGUACUUUUACUGCUUUGAAUCUACAUGAUGGCCUAAGGGAAUAUGCAAUCUCUAGUGCUUUUAAAGAUAGCCGUUUCCCGCCUGUCAACAAAGACGAGAUAUCACGUAUGUCCUGCUCCGUGUCGCUUUUACGUCAUUUUGAGGAAGCCAAAGAUUAUGCGGACUGGGAGGUCGGUAUCCACGGUAUACGUAUAGAGUUUUACAACGAGAAAGGCGCCAAGAAAACGGCUACCUAUCUUCCUGAAGUUGCCUCUGAACAAAAUUGGAAUAAGGAGCAGACUAUAGAUUCCUUACUACGCAAGGGCGGCUACAAGACGCCCAUCAACCAUGAUUUUCGCAAGACUAUACGGGUGACACGCUACCAAAGCGAGAAGUUCAGCGUCAGUUUUGGCGACUACGCCGAACAUUUUCGUCAAAACGGGCGUGUUUAAUGAAUGGCAGCCGCAAACGCAAACUCUGUUGGGAAAGUGGAAUAUUGUUUUAAAAGUGUUACUCGGGACUCUAUUCAUUUUGAUUCUUUUUGUUGUUUAUUAUUUUAACUGAUUUGUUGUUGUUGUUUUUUCUUCGUUGUUGACAUGUUGAAUCAGCUGGAGUUGAGGUGACUUUUAUCACUUAUACAUUAUUUUUAGUUGAUUCGGUGUCAACAGAUUUCUUUUUGAAAUACUUUGCAUGUUUUCAAAUGGCCAUGUUUUCAGUGCUUCAAAGUGGUGAAAGACUUUCAGUAUUUGAAAAUGUGUUUUAUGAAUGCAGGUGUUUCCACGUGAAGAAAAAAAUUAAUAUAUUUUUUUUCCUUUUGUUUUUUUCUCGGUUUUAAAGGGAAGGUACACAUUUGGU